AUGGCCUUCCAGGGGGUUCGCAUUCUCCUCGCUGCCGUGGUCGUGUGCCUCCUCGUGGCGGCGCCCUGCGCGAACGCAGCUAUUACCUGCUCAAGGGUGGCUACGUUGCUCUCUGCCUGCGUCUCCUAUCUACGAGGGAGGUCGGGGCCCAUACAUCCGCCUCCGCCGCCCUUUUGCUGCACUGGCCUGAGGUCUCUGAAUUCGUUGGCAAAGACGAAGGCAGAACGCCAAGCCGCCUGCAACUGCCUGACGCAACUUUUCAGGGGGGUCAACCUCGGCAGGGCACGCACUCUCCCUGCAAGCUGCGGGGUCAGAAUCCCCUAUCCUAUAAGCCCCACCAUCAGCUGCAGCACGUACGUAAUUCCCCAACCAUUUUACUACGAUAAGAGUAGAUACGCAAGACACGUGAGUCCAUGGUGGCUGACUGACAACCCCCGAUUCUCGUGGGUGGGUUUUGUCCUUGUCUACUUGUGCAGGGUUAGCUAACGCCUGGCUAGAGAUGAGACUUGUCCGAGAACUGCUGCCCGGGGCUAAUAACCCACCUUUGUCCAACUACUGUGGGCGGAAUGUUACUGUGCUUUGUUGCCCCAAUUAAGCAGGCGCUAAGGUGUCCCUUGAUUAGUGGGAUAUGAUACUAUUAUUCGUGUUACCUGUCUUCUUGUUCUGCAUCUCUUGAUCCAAAUCAAUUCCCUCCUGUUAGUAUUUUCCAAUCGUCCUAACUUUCCUAUUUCUGGAGUGUGGACAUUCUAAACCAUACUAGAUGGGGUUGGUGACGGGUUCUGAACCAUGCUGAAAUACAGUACCAGAGCUACAAACUGUGUCCCCAGACUCUGCACUCGAGUGCUGUUAUCUCUAAUUGGGUUGAAAAUCUUCUAAUUAAUUUAUCUUGGGAUGAGGAUUUUAAUGCGAUAUUCAGGCAUAAAUGUGUAAGAUAUACUGGAUUUCUGUGUAAGUGCCAUACUAGAAAGCCAAAACUUUCAAUCAAGGAGCAAGGCUCAGUAAGUGACAAGAUUGGCUCCAAGAGGGUUCAAGAACCGAGUCAUAAACACUCAGAAAAGCCUUCACCAGGCACACUUCAUGCAAUACUAUUCACCAACGAGGUGUUUUGUGGUUUCAAUAAAAGAACCAAAUGGCUGGGAAAUUACUUUGUAACGACCACCAUUAAAGUUUCCAUGAAAGAGUACAUUCAAGUCAUCAAUCUCAACAUUAAGGCCAGUUCUGCAGCUGGCUUCUGAGAAAAGGCCUAUGAUACAGAAAGGUAGGACUACCCCCUUCUGUGUAAUGUACAGGAUCUGCUGGAUUAAAGCCUUUCUAAUCUUUCUUUUUAAUACCUUUCCCUUCUCAUAAAUCCCUAGUCAGCGGCAAAGAAGCUACAAGGCAUUAAGUGAAGAUUUCUUUUAGCUAGACCAUAGUCAUUCACCAACUAGGGAUUAAUUUAUAGAGAUAA